AUGAAACUAGAAGUUUUACCAGGUGAAUUAUGGUUUGCUAUUUUAUCCUAUUUAUCACCUUUGGACGCUUUCUAUGCGUUUAAUAAUAUGGAUAAUGCACGCAUACAUUCAAUUCUAACUGAUAUGUAUUUAAUUCGACGUGAUGAAGAUAAUUGUUCAUCGAUUAUAAAUAUAUCUCUUGCUCAUAUUCCAUUAUUUAUGUAUAAUUUUGCUGUAUCAAAUGUUAUUUCAUUUUAUUCGAAUAUAAUUCAUUCACUAACAUUAUCCAAUGACCAAACACCUGAUCAAAUAAAUAGUUUUCUUGAAAAAUAUUCAUUUAAAUAUGAUUUUACAUAUUUAAAAUGUUUACAUCUUAUUGAACCAUCAUCAAAUGAAUUUAAUUUGAUAAUAAAUGAUUUAUCUAAUAUAAAUAUGCUUAAUAUUCAAUCAAAACAAAUGCAUUCAUUUGAUAUUAAUACUAUUCAACAAAUUCUCUAUAAUAAACCAACAAUAAAACAUUGUUGUUUAAGUCAAUUUCGACAAGAUUUUAUUUUAAAUAAUUCAUAUUCAUUUAUACAAAAAUUAAAUAUUAAUUCAUGUGAUUAUUUAUGUUUUAUUAAUAUACUUAAUCAUUUUUAUUUACUUGAAAAACUAUCAAUAAAUAUACUUUCAAUGCCACGUAAUGCUGUUUUAUCAUCAAUUGAUUUAAUACAAAAUCCAGUAUUGAUUAAAAAUCUUAAAAUACGUGCAUUUAGUAUUCCAUUCGAUUAUUUUCAAAUAUUAUUUCCUUAUUUAGAAAAUAUUCAAAUAUUUUCAUUUGCUAUUGUUUGUGAUGAAGGCUUUGAUUAUGUUAAUAAUGAUAAAUGGCAAAUGAUUAUUAGUAAUUAUUGGCCAUUAUUAAGAAAAUUUCAUAUUUAUAGUGAAUUAUGGCAUUUAACACCGAUUGAUUUUGAUGAACUUUGUCCACAAUUAUUUUCAUUUAGAAAUGAUUCAUUUUGGACUGAACGUCAAAUACAAUUUAUGAUUGAUUUCUAUCAAGAUAAAAAUGAUGUUCAUCUGAUUUUCUAUUCUAGUCCAUAUCCAGAUAAACGAUUUUCUAAUCAAUGGGGUUAUCCGAUUGAUACAGUUCAUUCAUUGAAAAAUACAAAAUAUUCUUCAACAACUGAAAAUACUUAUCAAUAUGUCAAUCGUUUACUCUUAACGGUCUAUAAUAAUAAACAAAUGAAAUAUGAAUUAGAUAAAUCAUUACGUUAUUUUCCAAAUAUUGAUACAUUAACUGUACGAUUUGAACAAAGUAUUUCAAGUGCUUUAUUUGGAUUAUAUAUUAACAAAAUAAUUAAUCUUAGUUAUAUUAAACAUUUAGCAUUAAAUGAAAAAUUUCAUAAUAUGUCAACAUUAUAUGAACUUGUUUUACGUCUUCCAAAUAUGACUAAAUUAACAAUAACUAGUAAUCAUCGUAUAUUAAUUAAACAAAUAUUUCAACGAAAAAAUGAACGUUUAUUAUCAUUAUUAAGUCGUCGUCUUCUUCAUUUUAAUUUAUUAUAUGAUGGUGUUAUAUCUUAUGAAAUAAUUCAAUCAGUACAAUUUAAUUUUCCUAACUUGAAAUCUUUUUCCGCUUGUUUACCACAUUUUGAAGAUUUUCGUGAUGCAAUUCCAUCAUUUAUACGUCAUAUGAAAUCUCUUCAAUAUCUUCAUAUUGGUUUAGAAGGUGAUAAUGAUAAGAAAAAUUUUCUUACACAAGAUAUGUAUGAUUGGUUUCGACGACAUCAGAUUUUUCAAGAAUUCAAAUUAUCUGUUGAUACAUAUACAAAUUCAAUUCAUAUAUGGUUAUAA